GGCUAAUGGAGGUAAUCAGCAGAAGUGACAUCACCUGGAAAUAAAACCGGCAGCGUCUGUCUGAGGAGGGUUUACCUUUCUGCUCGGAUGGCUUCCAGGUUUGGCCAGAAGAGAGUUGGAAGACACUCAGACUCCUUUCUGCUCAGGGACCCCAGCCCUCAGAAGGAGCUCUCUCCCAGUGACUCCUGGUGGGCGGACAGGGAGGAGCACAGAGAGCACGGAGACUCCCUCGGGGAGCAACUAAAGGAGAUGUCUGAGCAUGUUGCCAGACUGCAGGACACACUGAGAUAUGAACGGGCCAAGUGCACUCGUCUGCAGCUGCGGGGUAACCAGCAGGAGGGCGAGCUGAAGCGCAGAGAGCAGCACACCAACCGACUGAAGGAGCGAAUGUCUCAGCUCACUGAACGACACCGAGAGAAGGGACCCUCCAUAGAGGUGUUGAACAUUCCCCCUGGAGGUCGAGGCAAAAGAGAACCGCCAAUCAAAUCAUUAAGGUCCACUGCAAAACGAGAAGAGGCCACACUGCAUCUGAUGUUGGAGCGCAGAGAAGCCGAGCUCAGGGAGGCCAUGAAGCUGCGCCACAGCCUCACAACUUUACUUCAUGGGCUCAGAGUCGACAUGGAGCAUAGCCUGUCUGACGUGCUGGAUGUUCAGGAUGAUUCCCAGACUGAAGACAAAAGGCUAGACGAGGCUGAGGGAGCGCUGGGGGACCAUGUAACAGGAGGAGUGGUUCGGAGUUGGAGGCAGGUGCAGAGCAGACUGGCUGAAUUCUCUUCUGAAGGCCACACUAGUGUUGGUACCGACCAUGAGGAGCUCUUGGCUCGACUAGAUUGUGAACUAAAGGAGAGUCAACAGCUUGUAAGAAUUCAACAGCAGCUGCUACAGGACAGCUUUGCUUCCCCUGUCGUCUCUGAACUGGCUGAUUCCUACUUUUUGGAAGAGUGGGAGCGUCUUCAGAUGCGCUGGGCAGAGCUCGAUCAUCAGAGGCGGACUUUUGACAGGGAGAGGAAGUCCUUCACUGAAGCUGCCAUCCGACUAAGCCAUGAGCGCUGUGAUUUUGAGCAACACAAGGCCUCUCUCCUGAAGCAGAAAUAUCUGUGUGAGCCACCUCGCUCAGGUAAAGGAGCUCCAACCAACAGUAGGGCAGAGGGCAGUGCUCUCAAUUUCCGUAGCUUGGGGCCCACUGGCAUAUCUGGCUGUCUUCCCAUUACUCCAUCUCCGACCAAGUUGGGGACAGCCGCUCUUUAUGGAGUCACGGUACACACCCCCAGCACUCCUGAGCUCUACUCCGCCCUCAAUCUGUCCUACAACUGCAGAACCAGCGAUGAUGACCACCAGUCGGAGACAUGGGACGGCCGGGCAGACAGGAUGGUGCACACACUCCAGAUUCCUCCUACAGACUGGUCACUUGAAUCUACUUUUGAUGAUAGGUGGUAAUAUAUAAAAAAAAACAUAUUGUACCUUAUUUCCAACUUUUAAAAAAUAAAUAAAUAAAGGCUGAUUAUAAUGUU